UUCUUUUCUAGCAGAAGCAGAAGCAGAACACUCCUGUGGUGAUGAACCAGUGGGACCCGCACAUGUUCGACGUUCUCUCACCAAUCUUAAAUCGAGUUGAUAUGUAAACAUGCAUCGUUUUCUAAGAGUCAAAAAACUAAAUGUCGGCCACAUCAACUCACCCAAUGGGCCGAGAGAAAUACAGUACACCCGUACUUGUACGUUAUGCAACAGAACAUCAUCGUGCCCGCCCUUCACUGGAAGAGGGGGACAUUCAAGGAUUCACUCUACCUGGGCUAAACCCGAACGAAUUGUAAAUGUAACCAGAAAGAAAAUGUAUAGGCUUGUGGUACCUGGUUUAACAAACUCUUCUCGAACUGACGUUGCGAGUCUACCUAAAUCUAAAAGGAAAAUGAGAAUCACAAUCCUUGAUUCCAAGGAGGUUACAGGAAAAGAUGUUGAUCACAGAUCUUUCAUCACCAGUUCUCCGUCUUCACCUGCAUUCAAAGGCUCAAGAAUAUCAAAUGUUGGUGUUACUAUAAUGUUACCCCCAUCUGCAUCCUUUAAAAUGGUUGAUGCGAUUCUACAGAACACUCCUGCUCCCCCGUCAGCCUCCAGAGAGAGUCCGAGCACAAGCCAAACUGCGGAGCUCUCCAAUGCUGCCGCUGAGUUAAUGUUUAGUGGACUAAUUAGAGACAAAUUUCUAACACAUGAAUCUUUUAGCCAUCCUAAUAUUUUCAAUCACAAUUCUUCAGUAGCCCCACUUCCCGUAAACUUCGAUCAGACAUCAGAAAAUCCAGACACUGACCAUUCUCCUGAAAUUAGUACUGUCAAGAAAGCAGAUCCUUUGAAAGAAAAACAUGAAGAGAAAUUGGAAAAUAAAGCUCCCCCCACGAAGAAAUCAAUAAAAAGAAUGGAAGUAGAAUUGAAGAAGCAGGAAAUUCAGGCCAAAGUUUUGGCUAAGCGAACCGACGCUAGUAGGAAGAAAAAGAUACUUAGAAGAACAGCUUAUAUUGAUGUUUGUGUUACUGCUGGAAAAAUGCAACAUGCACUCCGGUAUGCCAAGGAUGGACUUCGACUCUUCUCAGAUGUUCCUUGCCGGAGCAUUAUGUUAGAACCUCUUUUUGUAAAUGCUGUUUUAGAAGGCAAAUUGGUUAGUGUUAUUCAUCUUAUAUCCCUUGCAAGAGAUAUGAACAGCCCUCUGUCAAAGGAAUCAUUCGUAAAGUGUUUUGACUUGCUGAGUAGAGUUCCAAAAAAUGAUGCAAAUCUAAGUAUUAUCAUGAAUCUUUAUGAAACCAUGAUAAAUGAUGGGAUAAGUGUUGAAGACCUGGUUGCUCAUUGUAGAGGACGUAACCUUCUCAUUGAAAAGGUAAUGAAAGCUAUUGAUUUAGUUGCUCCAGAGACAUCUGCUUCCAUUGUGCCUCAACAAGACUACUCCAUUGAUGUGUUGAAACCCUUGAAUGACGUAAAUCAAGCAAAGGCUCCUCGCUACUUUUCACCAGCAACUGGACUUCUCACAGAUGAAUGUGUUGAAGAAUUAGUUGAUGAACAAUUUCAGGCUUGCAGUUCAAAUACGUUUAGGGUUAAAAAUAUUGCCUGCCAAUUAUCACAAUCAGAAAGUGAAAAGCUAUUGGAGGCACAGAAGCAGAUUGAAAAUCAGUGGAGAGAAACAAUUGCAGAGGGUUACAAAAGUGGUCUAAGGUCUGUGAAGGUAGAUAAAGGCUCAUACCAACUCCCAGCAUAUUUAGAGUGCUUACCUGUGGAAACUUUUGUUGAUAUCAUCAUUCAAGAAGUUUAUAAGAGGCUUGAUGAUUCUGAGAAGCAAUCUGUUGGUUUUACGGUUGCAGAGCGUGCCCUUGGAAGGCGUGUGAAAGAACUUUAUGAUAUGCAAGUUCUUGAAAAAUACGGCAUUAAGGGCAAAGCAAGGCAAGCAUAUAUUGAUUAUUGCAAAUGGUAUGCCAACCCAGAUAGCUUUCCUGAAGGUCCAUCAAAUCCUAGAGAGAUUUGGGAGAGUGUUAUUCGUACUGUGGAUUAUGAUGAUUCAGCUAUCAACUCUAUUUGUCGUGAAUGGAAUCCUGACAUGAUCAGCAAAAUUGGAAAGUUCAUGUACAGUAUUUUACUCAAAGAUGUGAAAGUUGACGCAAACAUAGGUUCUUCAAACAGUACACCUCACAUGGUUCCAGCUCUGUAUGUUGUGUUUCGGAAGACAACAAGGGGCUACCAGAAACAGCUGAAGAUGCACCCAUCUGUUUACCACAUAUUCCCCACAAAAGUGCAACCUUAUCUGUCCAUGGAUCCUGAGGAACUGCCAAUGAUGUGCCCCCCUAGACCUUGGGUAUCAACCACGAUUGGUGUUUACCCUCUCACUUCUCCUCCACUGCAGAGGGCACCUGAAUCCCGUGUUGGUGAAGAGGUAUUAGAUGAAAAUAUUAUCAGUGUUCCUACUCAACAACUGUAUCCUUGCUUUGAUUCUCUCAAUCAGCUUGGUUCCAUUCCAUGGAAAGUAAAUCAACCUGUUCUCGAUGUUAUUACUGAAGUUUUCAACACUGGUGGCAGCAAAGAAUUAGAUAUUCCAUUUCCACCAUCAGCAUCUAUUGCUGAGCCAGCAAUGCCGAAAGACUCUCCAUUGCCUGAAAGAGUGAAAAUCAGUAAAGAGCGAGCCCAUAUCAGACAAGAAAAUGCUGCAACGUACAGUCUUUGGUGUGAUACACUAUACAAGUUGUCUAUUGCACAUGAGUUUCGUGACCGUAUAUUCUGGUUACCGCACAAUAUGGAUUUCCGAGGGCGUGUUUAUCCUGUCUGUCCUCACCUACAACAUAUGAGUAAUGAUAUGGCUCGCUCCAUACUUGUCUUUGCAAAGGGAGAAAAACUUGGCCCUGAUGGCUUGAACUGGUUAAAGCUUCAUACAAUAAAUUUGAUUGGAAAUAUGAACAAAGAUUCUCUUGUUGCAAGACUGGCUUAUGCAGAUGAAGUCAUGCCAAAAAUUCUCGAUUCUGCGGAGAAGCCUCUCACUGGUGAAAGAUGGUGGAUUGAUUCAGAGUAUCCCUGGCAGACCCUGGCAGCGUGCAAGGAAAUUGCUGCCGCCAUUGCAAGUGGCGACCCAGAAAAUUUCAUCAGUCAUUAUCCAGUUCACCAAGAUGGGUCUUGCAAUGGCCUGCAACAUUAUGCGGCGCUCGGCCGCGACUCACUUGGGGCGCAAUCUGUCAAUUUAGUUGACACAGACAAGCCCUCUGAUGUUUACAUGUGUGUGGCCAGCAGUGUUGAGCAAAAGAGAGCACAUGAUGCUGCAAAUGGCAAUGCUUUAGCCCUGAGCCUUGAAGGUUUUGUGAUUCGAAAAGUUGUCAAGCAAACUGUGAUGACUACCGUUUAUGGAGUCACUGUGCAUGGAGCUCAGCUGCAAAUUCGUGGCCAGUUAAAAGAUCUAAAUUACCCAAUGGACAAGCUUUCUCAAGCUUCUGCUUACUUAACAAAGUUAGUUUUUAGUAGUCUUGGUGAAAUGUUCACUUCAAGUAGGAAUAUACAGGAUUGGUUGACUGAGUGUGCCACUGCCAUUGUGAAGUCCAGGAAUGAACCAGUGAGGUGGAUUACUCCUUUAGGGCUACCUGUAGUUCAACCGUAUUUCAAAAACUUUUCUUUGAAGAAGUCGCUGAAGGAUGUAAAUGAGAAUACUUUAAAUAGUUUUUAUGCAACAAGGACGCCCAUUAACCAAAAAAAUCGCAAUGCAUUUUCACCAAACUUUAUUCACUCCUUGGAUUCUUGCCACAUGAUGCUAACAAGUUUGUACUGUGAGCAGGCAAAAAUUCCUUUCAUUUCUGUUCAUGAUUGUUAUUGGGUACAUCCUAAGAAUGUGGCUGCCAUGAGUAAGAUUUGUCGAGAACAAUUUGUAGCUUUACAUUCAAAGAAUAUUAUGGGGGAUCUAUCAGAAUUCUUGAUGCAGAAAUAUUGUUCAGAAGAGGGCUAUGACUAUGAAGGUGAUGACAAUGAAGCUUAUUCUAUCAAAGAAGUUGAAGAGCGACGGCUCAGGAGACUCUUCUCUGCAGUCCCCCCGAAAGGGGACUUUGAUCUGACUGAAGUUUUGAAAUCCAAGUACUUUUUCAGUUGAUAGCAAAGAUUUCUUGGGAGGAGUAAGAUUUUGUGUGAUAUUUGCCUUAACAGAACUCUUAAUGUACUACAAAUUGUGAUGAAGUAUAGUUUAUUCUUUAUAAUUUUUAAUUAGUCUCAGGACAUGAAAAUUGUUUAUGAGAUAGAAUUUAGUAAAACAUUUCCAAUCUA